AUUCAUCUUCGUCGAGCAAGAACAUCAUUGCUCGGGCACCUCAAGUCAAUAUGGAGCUUGCGUCUCGGAGAGUAAUCGCGGAGCGGCGUCUACUCAAACCUGUCCUUGGGGAAGGCUUCGUGUGUCCAUCUUGUCGCCUCCAACGAAGCUUCCAACCAGCACGUUCGCGCUCGUUCAUCAGCAGACGUGUUGCUGGCUCUGCAAGACAACUUACCACAUCUAACAGCAAUGAUACGAGAGCUUCAGCAGGGAGCGUCCGUCCCUCGGUCCGCCAUUUCCACUCAACACGUCGACUAGCACAAGAAGAUCACGCGUCCAAGACAGCCGUCAAUGCGCCGUCUCCCGUCCCUCCGGCGCUGCGCGAACUCCAUCAGCGCCUCAGUCAUCUGCAGGAGGACGCAAGCAGCUACAUCAACCUUUCACAACUUCAGCUCGCACUACGAAGCCUCGAAGGUUCAGAUCCUGUCAUCCGAGUAGCCUUUGUCGCAUUGGGCAAGAAUGGCUACCAUGCGGCUCGGCAAUUAGCCCGGGUGCUAUUCAGUGAUGCAUUGGAGGAUGAACAAGCGUGGGAGAAGGUCCUCAACAGUCCUGGCGACGAGAGGAGUAUACUUUUGAAAUACGGCGAUGCGCAGGUGGACAGUGGGGUACAGAACAGCACCCCCCUGAUCAAGACACUGUCCAUACCAUCACCGCUUCUCCGGAGGCUUAACCUCGAGAUCCUAGUCACGCCGCUAGGUGAGAACAGUGCAUCCUCCACCAUCAACUUGGAAGAGACUCUUCUGGUUCCGCCCGUCACCAUCUCGAAUUCGAACGCUGGUCGUGUUGGAUUUGUCCGGCAUCCUGUUCACAGAGCCCUGAUCGUCGGCGAGGGCGUAUCUGGCGCGAUAGCAUUUGGAACAUUGCCCUCUAAUACUGUUGAUGGCGAGACCAUCAAUUCGACAUUGAGCAUUCCCCUCCGCUCCGCCUCAACGCCUCUCAAUGCUGAAGCGGAUAGUUCCGAUAAAUCGAUAGACACUGACCUAGCUUCGCAUUCCAUCUCGAUAUUCCGCGCUGACAAGGCCAACGGCGCAGCGUUCAACAGGGAAUGGCAAGCAAGUCGUGUACCUACCGUGACGGCAUGGCUUAAGCGUGCUGUGGAUGAUUCAGCCACCGCAGACGGGCUCAAGCCCGCAGUGCAAGGACUAAUUGAGGUGCUUCUGACGGGCGCAGAAAAGGCGGUGACCUUGGCCGAGUCUCGAGCUGCCAGGUCGUCAGUUGCUUCAGACGUCUCUGAUGCGACGAGGAUGUCGUUGCGCAAGGCCACUGCCACAUGGUCUGAAGAGGCGCAUGGCGACCUGGCCACCAAUCUCGACACAGCGCUGGACUCAGCAACAUGGCGGAAGACCGCUUGGUGGCGACUGCUCUGGCGCAUUGAUGAGGUGUCACUUUCAGCAUCUGAAGUUUUAGUCCGUGGCUGGCUCGUGGAAGCCGAGCAGACACUCGCCUUCCUCAGCGGUCGCGUUCUCCAGGCAGGUGUCGCUUCGGCCGACGACAUGCGAGGCGGCACUGUCGCCGAAGUCCUCAAUUUCACACCGAUGCUAGCGCGAGUCAAGCAAGACAGCGGGCUCAACCCAUUGUUCAACCCGCCUUGGCCCCAGAGCAUCGCCGUCGCGCGACAGCAAAUGUUGCACGAAGUCGUCCCCGCCCUACAUCGACGAGCACAGGGCCUCCUGGUCAGCGUCCUGUCACUCAUGGGCGGAUCCGGGGUUCUCGCGGGCACGAUCCUCGCCGCCUCGGGCGGGGUAGCGCUCUACGAGGCUGGUGCCGUCGCUGCACUGGGCUUCGUCUGGAGUCUGCGCCGUCUGCAGACCAAGUGGAGCAGGGAGCGGACGGCCUUCACCCAGACCGCUCGCGAGAACGGCAGGAGGGUGCUCAUCGACGUGGAGCAACAGCUCCGCGCCUUGAUCGAGAAGGGCGGGAGGACGUCGAUCGACAGGACUUCUGAGAGGGAAUGGCGCGAGGCGCGAAAGGUCAUCAAUGCUUGCCGCGAAGCGAUCCUUCGCCUGGGACGCAAGAAUGAUGGAAAGGCGUUAUGA